AUGGCCUUGUCAACCCGCACGAUGCGACCAUCGCUGAUGAGGAGCGGCGGAGACGAGAGCAGGAGCAGCAGAGGGCAGAGGCUGAGGCAUCGCAGAAGUUGGUCUGGCGUCUGUGUGUCUACUCGGGUGAAGAUUUGCCGAGAGACACCAUGGGCCCCAGAGUUUCGUGAAGAAUCGAGGAUGCUUUACAGGUACGUCUAUAUGAAGAUUGUUGACCAAGUUCAUGGCGACAAGGUCUUCAAGAGCAACGUCAGCAGCGAGUCCAGCAAGCCGGUCUGGGAGUUCGUGGUGGAGGAGACCGUGAUGGUGGAUAGCAUGCAUGGCCCUCCCAGGUUGGAGAUCCAGCUCUAUGGGCAGCGGGUGCUGCUUGAUGUCUUGGAUCGGUACUUGGGACAAGCAGUCCUUAAACUGCCAGUGGCGCCGACCGCGGGGCCAAUGAAGUCCUCAUUACCCGUGGUUCUCAACACCUUGAGCGCCAUGAACGACAAGAUUGCGGCGCAGUUCGGGGCGGCCCGGAAAGCUCGGUUGAACGUGGUUUGGCAGGUCUGUGAUGAAAAGCAUCCAGGCCCUGUCCCGGAUUUGAUCCGAAUCGCUGAGAUGGAUGAGGACGCGGCAGACAAGAAAAGCUACCAGUUUCACCUGAAGUUAGUGAACGUCAAGUUACGCAGGGCGACUGAAGGUCCCCGGCGUUUGGCCGUGUGCCUACGGCUCAUUAAGCCGGAUGGAGGGGUGAGCAAAGCCUCACCGGUCCAGUACUCCCCACAGGCCUGGUGCUGUCCGGAGAAGCGGGUUCAAGAGAAUCUGGAGGAGCUCAUGACGCGUCCGCCGCCCGUCGAUCCGGAUGAGGAGUGCACGACAGCUGUGUGGCAUGAGGAUAGACGCCUUGGAUGGAUGAUGCCCACUUGGGUGUUGAGGGAGAGCCACCUUCAACUGCUGAGCUAUACGAUAGAAGCUCAGCUUUUGAUGUACAACAGCCCACCUCCAAAGGAGGCGAGCACCAAGAAGUUUCGCUUUUUUCGGCACUCUAACCUGGGCGGACAGCAGGAAGAGAAGCCAACGAAGCUUGGUGUUUGGCGAGAGUCCCUAGGAGAUCUCCUUGACUCCAUUGAGCAAGCCGAUGAAGGGAUCGUUUGCGAGGCACCGCUGAACUCCUCGGGCUCCGAGGUGGCCACGCUGCGAAUGGAGAUCGAUGUCUCUUCGUCCCACUCGCACCGCCUGCCGGCCCACUUGGUGGGCAAAGACAUCACGGACUGGCCGCUGGAAAAGGCGCCGUUACGUCGGGGAAGCCCUGCCAAGGAGGUGAUGCACAACAAGGUGCAGUACUACGUCACCGUCAUGGUGGAUGGACUCCCAAACCAUGAGAUGUGUUUGCCUUACGUGCGGGUCUCCAUGAGUUCUUCCUCGGAGUGCACGGAGGCGAAGACCGAACAUUCCGUGAGCAACGUGACGUUUGAUAAAGCCUUGGUGAUCCAAAGUACAUUGAUCCAACGCAAGGCAAAAAUAGAGAUUCUCAACAAGGCAACGGGCAGUGUUUUCAAUGAAGACAAAGUCAUUGGCGAGGGCGUCAUCUAUGACUUGGAGCCAGACAAGGACUACUGGAUACAUUGCUAUGGAGGUGCCGCGGAGCCAACUUAUCCUGAUGUGGCCCUUCAGAUGACCAAAGGUGCGGUGAAGCCUGCCUCUACCUAUAGUGCUUCUUUGGCCAUCAAGUUCGGGACCAAGAUGGCCUCUAAAAGCUAUUUCGAAUCAAUGAAGAAGAUGAGAAAGCCUCACAGGUUGAGAGUGCGCUUCUAUUCGGGAGUGAAUCUCAACUCCUAUGCAAAUCAGAAGGUGAAGGUGAUCGUGAAGGUUCCGGGCUGCCGGCUACCCGACGAAGCUGGUGCUCAAGAGAUCCUCCGAAACCUCCAGGAGCUGGAAUCCCUUUCUUCCACGGAUCGCCCGAAGUCACCACACUCGCAGAUGCGGCGCAAGGCGCUCCUGGAGAGGGUGCCGCCCCCGGAGCGCUUCAACAGCAACCUCUUAAGCUUCCCCGCCGAGGUGGACGCUCAGGGUUUGCUUCACUUCACCGAGCGCGAGCAACGGCUCAGCUGGGUGGAGCGCGCCACCCCAGCUGCGUGGCCCUUGGAAGUGCCGCCCAAUGUGCAGUUUGCUGACUUCUACAUCGUGGCGGUGGGCGAGGAGACCGAACCGCCUCGCGUCUUUGGCCGCUUGCGGAUGUUCGCGAAGGCCUUGGACACUGUCGCGCCCAAGUGGAAACAACUCCACUUCGACACCUCCGUGGUGGCCCUCCCAGAGGCAUAUUUCAAGUCCAACCUUGCGGGUUUUGUCUUGGGCUCUGCCAGCUUGAUGCCGGAGACAGGCACGAAGCCGUCUAAUCAUCGGAAUUCUUGGAGCUUUUGGAGUGCAGAGUCUCCCUUGCUUCCAUCAGCGCAGAAGGGCAUGUGCUGCGGCACCAAGCAGGUUUUUGAGGCCUCGUCGGGAGAGGAGGUGCGGUUUGAGGUGCAAAAGAAGGAGCUCAUGAAGACGGUCUUUUGCCACGUGGACCUGUUGGCCGCUCGGGAGUUGCCGGCCAUGGAUGAUGAUGGCUUGGUCGAUCCGUCCUACUCCAUCGAGGUCAAGGACCAGACCUUGCUCUAUCCUUCGGGCAUCAUGAAGUCCUUGAGCCCGUCCUUCAUGCACCGCAUCCGCAUUCCAAUCCAGAUGGAGGUAGAGCCGGAGCCCACGGUUGGCCUUCCAAUGAUGGCUUCAGCGGUGCCGUUUCCGCCGAUCAUCGUGAAGAUUCUGGAUCGUGAUGAGAGGAAGGUCCUGGGCCUCAAUGCCGGCGACACCUUUGAGGAGGUGGGGCGGAUCGUCAUCAAACCCUCGCCUGCCAGGACACACUGCAUCGGCCGCUGCGGGGAUCAACGUGUGGAGGUCUAUCCGCUCUUGGGCUAUGCGAAUGAUGAGGACUACGUCUUGGGCAAUCAUGGGUCUCUCUUCGCUUCCAAGAAGCCUGAAAACUUGGACCUCAACAGGCAUCAUGUGGCGAAAUGGUAUGCCUUAGACAAAGCUGCACAGGCUCCCUUUGACACCUCUACCGGUGGAGAAGAAGACUCCUGGCAAAAGAGGCCUCGGGUCCUGGCAGCUGCGAACUACUCCUUCCAGGCCAACCUGCGAGAAGGGCUCACGCAAGGCCCCAACCUGGCAAAGGGGGCGGCUGCUGGCAUCAGCAUCCAUCAGCUGCGAACGCAUCAGAGUUCACGAUUCAAGAUCGACUUUUGCUUGUUGGGCUUGAGGAACUUGCCCUCCACCGUGGUGGACUGCAAACUCUAUGUGAGCUCCUUCUGGGAAGGCGGUGCCAUCGAGCUGGCGAUCGCCUCGGGCGGCUUCCAGAGUCGCAACUUCAACUUCAUGGUGGAUGAGGCUUCCGAAGGUUGGCGCUCCAAUGCUGUGAAUUGGAAGCCCUUCUUGCGGGUGGAUGACGAGAGUGGGACGGAGGAGGCGGCUCUGUGGACGGUGAAGUUGAAGGAUUUCCUGGGCGUGAAGAUCCAGCCGCCUGUCUAUGAAGUCCCUGUGAUCCAGUAUCUCCAGCAGGAGAAGCUAAAACCAGGCAGGUGGACCAUGCACGAGCUGGAUUCGGGGAAAGAGUUUGACCUCUUGGUCCGCUACGAGGGUCAAACCGUCGAGGUGCAGAAGUGGACCGUCUCGGGACAGUUGGAAGAAGUGCGACACCCAGGCCACUUUGACCGGAACAAGCAGGUUUUGAGGUUCACGCUGGAAGACACUGAGUGGAGUGGCCAAGUCACCAGCCUUGGCACUGCCAUGCCUUUGUUGAGGGUGGUGGAUCUCAAAGAUCCCAACAGCCCUUCGCAAUUCUUCAGUGGCACCUGGCACGAGGAAGAUCCCUUUGUGCUCUUGCCAUCCAUCACCAUUCAGCUGAAGAACCCCUCCACGGGGGCGGACCACGGCACCUUGACGGUGGGGCUGAACCAGUUGGGCAUGACUUCACAGACCAUGGCGGCGAGUUGGAUGCAGAUCUGCAACGAGGAGUUGGCAAAGCUGCCAGAGGAGUUGCACCAGUGGAGCUACCAGGGCAAUGAUGGAGGAGUAAGGACCGGAGCCAUUCAGCCCUUGCGAGGCAUCAAGUACAUGGACGAAGCCUACGAGAGCUUCGUGGACGUCUUCGCCAGCCACGGGGGCUUCGUGGACUUUGACGACAACCUCUUCAUCUCUCGAACCCUUCAGGACAAUUGCCUCUUCAAGAUUUGCCCCAACGCGGACAAAGAGGAUGACGCAGAGCUUGAUGGAUCGGUGACUCAGUUCUUCAAUGUCUUUGACUGGGUGGCCGGGGAUCGGCUCCGACUCUCGGAACCCUUCGACGAACGCUUUUGGCCGCAGUUAUGUUGUGGCCCUGGCUACGACAAGGAGCCGCAGUUGGAGGAGCUGCCGCACAUCCCGGACAACUGCAGCGUGGACGAUGCGGACCGCCUCAUCGGCAAGAUCCUUGCUUGGAUGGAUGCGAAAGAAUUCUCGAUCAACCACACGCAUCCGCGGCCGAGUCAUCCGCUGGGACCGGCGAAGCUCUUUGAGAAGUUCUUCCAAAUUCCGAAGGUGGCCUCCUUUGCGGGAAUCAAGAAGCAUGACCUGGAGUCGAUGUCCACCACCAAGCUCCACCGGAAGCUUCGGAAAGUGGGCUGGCGCUUUUCAACCCACCUAGCGGCACCGGAGCUGGUGCCCUCCCAAGUGCCCAGCCGUUCGGUCUUGAAGUUCUUCACGGACAGUCAACUGCAUGUCAACCGGCAUACCUUCAUGGUGCAGGUGGGCCACCAGAUCGGCACGGACCGUGACUCGCGGAUCCUCUGCCGCUUGCGGAUGGAUCUGCCGAAGAACUUUUUGGAGCCACACCGGAAGUUGCUCUUGGAGUGUCGUCAGAUGAUCCACGAUGAAGAGCUGAUGCAGGACAAGUCGGAAAAGACGGUGGUGACCAGCUUUUUGGAGCAGAUGACACGUGGUGGAGGAGUCAUGGGGCAAACCGUCCGGAGCUUGAACAACUUGGUGGAACGCUUGAAGCGUAUUCAGUCAGGCAGCUCCAACUACUUCAUGGUGAAGUUCAAGCAGCCGGGGGUGGUUGUUUGGGCCGCGCCCGAGCAGCAAAAGGCUUGGGACCGGCCUGGCACGCUGCUCUUCGCAGUGAAGCUUCUGCAUCAGCCAGACACCGUGGUACCGGUGGUGGUGCCAUCCUUCGACUUGCGCUACCCGCAGGAGAACUCUUGGAAGGUGCAGAAGACGAUUCACAUGAGGUUUCAUGAUGCCGAGCGGCGCAUCGCAUUGGCCGUUGAGAAGGAGAGGGAAGCGAAGGGAACCGAGAGCAUCCGCCGAAGCCCAGCCGCGCCGGACCUGGAAGCCGAGGUGGCGGAGGAUCUGGAUGACAACCGCGACAUGGCCUCACUGAAUCCAUCUUCUCAUGGGCGGAUGGCCACCAGUGCAGAUGCCUUCAUUUGUCGCCUGAAGCGCAAAGCUGGCGCCUUGCCUUUCGAUCGGGAGCAGAACUCCGAUUGGUACAGACUCGUCUUGGGGGAGAGCUUUCCGGAGCUGAAAGACUUGAGCGCAGGGAACGACGAGUGGGUCAAGGAGGUUUUCUUCUCCAAGUUCAUGAACUUGCAGCGGACUUUGGCCCUUCCAUCAGACACGGGGGAGACGGUCCUGAAGGGCCAUGUGAAGGUCCAGAAGGUGGACGACGAGGAAAAUGAGGGAUACCUAGAUGCCAACGAUUUUGCUGUGGAGAACCUUUGGACGGCCAGCACUUUCUUUGUGUCUUUGACGCUUUGCACAUUCACCAAGCUGGACCACAACGUAGACUGCGCGGAGAUCUAUUUCAAGGUCCGCCUGGGCAACGAGGAGCAACAGACACCAGUGGUGCAAUCCAGCAUCCCUCAGACCAAGAUCAUCGGCGUGUACCACUCCGUGACCUUCGAAACCCAAGUGCCCGGUGCCCACGAGCUCAACGUUCAGGUCUUUGCCAAGGCCGCCCUGGGCUUUGGGGAGCAGCUCAUCGGCGAGUGCGACUUCGACCUCGAGGACCGCUGCCUGGCGAUGAAGUGGAAGGAGUUCCGCUCCAGCACCAACGAGACGUUCUUGAGGAAUCAUUUAUCUCCUCCAACAGCCGGGCGUUUUCACUCCAACACCGAGACCGAGGGGACUUUUGGGCGCCUGCCGUGGACGGUGGUCCAGGCACCGCAGAGGGUGGCCGACGGCCGCGGCGUGGAAGUGAGGCCGUCGCGAGCACCGGGGGCGCGACUACCCUUGGAGAGUAAGGUCAUUUGCAUGAAGGACGCAGACAUGAACGCGGAUUCCAGGGUUGGCUUGCUGCGAUGUGUGCUCGACAUGCAUCCGCAGAAUAUGCCGGAACAGCCACGAACGCAGAUGCCCCACAGCUUCCAGAUUCGUGUGUCCAUCAUCAACGUGGACAACAUCAAGGUCUACAAAGACUUUGGCCAGCGAAAUGACCUCUUUGUUGAGAUGAAGUUCAGGAGCGUGAGUAUGGACGGUACGGAGCAGAGACGCAACGAGAAGACGGACAUCCACGGUUGGGCUCAUGACACGGCCAGCUUCAACCAACGCUUCUUGUUCAACGUCAUGGCGCCCACGGUGAAGUGUGGCCUCGAGUUCUCGCUCAUGGACUUCGAUCGAGGUGUCAGCUCUGCGGACUUGGUCUAUUUCCCCCAGACUUUCUCCUUGGACCACCUGGUGGAUAUGGCCUACGAUGACUGGAGCAACAACAGGGAGCCGGUGGGCCUGGUGGGCGGCAACGUGGUCUUCGACUCCUGGCCGUCCACGAACAUGGUCUUCGAGGGUUGGCAGCGCCGCUGCAGAUGCAUCCGAAGGGCUCAGCAGAAGGGAAGUGCUGCCAAGAUGAACUUGACGGUGGAGAUUCUCCCGUCCGAGCUGGCGGAAGCUGCGCCCGUGACCUCGGGCGUCUUCGCGCCACCCAAGGACCGACUCUCCAUACAGAUGUUGGCCACUAACCCUUUGAAGUCCAUCCGGGUUGUCCUAGGGCCCAAGUUGUUCAACCUGAUCAUCGUUGGCACCUUCUUGGGGUGCUCAAUGGUGACGACCUUUCUGGUCAUCCUGACGAUCUUCCACACACAGCAGAUCGUUCUGGUCCAGUCCACAGGCUGA